AUGGGAAAAAACUACUAUAGUAUACUUGGUGUUCAAAAGAGCUCCAACGAUGAUGAAAUCAAAAAAGCCUACCGUAAAAUGGCUCUGAAGUAUCAUCCAGAUAAGAACAAAGAGCCUGGAGCUGAGAAUAAGUUCAAGGAGAUCGCCGAAGCUUAUGAUGUACUUUCUGACCCCAAAAAGAAGGAAGUUUAUGAUAAGUAUGGAGAGGAAGGUCUUAAGAACGGAGGUGCUGAUGGAGGACCUGGUGGUGCUGGUUUCCAAUAUGAGUUCCAAGGGGACCCUAUGCGCAUGUUCAGUCAAAUUUUCACUGGUGGAGAGGAUGGCUUUUUCGGUCCUGGUAUGUUUUUCAACAUGGGAGGUGGACCAGGAGGUGGAGGAAUGGAGGACUUCCCAUUCGUUGUAGGAGGACAUGGACAUCGUAGAGCUGCUCCACGACAAGAUCCUACUGUCAUGCACGAGUUACAGGUUAGCAUGGAAGAUAUUCUCUCUGGUUGCACGAAGAAAAUGAAAAUUACCAGAAAAAUAUUAACUGAAGGAUCACAUAAGGUAGAAGAUAAAGUUCUCACUGUAAGCAUCAAACCCGGAUGGAAAAGUGGGACGAAAAUCACUUUCCCCAAGGAGGGUGAUCAAUUCCCCGGCCGCACCCCAGCUGAUAUUGUUUUUAUCAUCAAGGACAAGCCUCAUCCAAAAUUCAAGAGAGAAGGCCAAGAUAUUAGAUUUAUCCAAAAGAUCCGUUUAUCAGAAGCAUUAACGGGAGGAACUUUCGAGAUCCCCUUGCUUGGUGGAGGAAGUAACCAGUUAACAAUUAAUGACGUCAUCACUCCUGGUUCCACGAGAAGAAUCACUAACAAGGGUCUUCCCAAUCCAAAGUCUCCCAGUAGUCGUGGUGACAUUAUUGUGGAGUUUGAUGUUGUAUUUCCACGAAGUCUCAACGAUGCACAGAAAGCAGCGAUCAAGAACCUGCGUCUCUAG